AUGUUGCAAAAUGAAAUCAAAGAUGCAUUUAAAGAUAAGACAGUCAUAAUCCCGGAUGAAGCCGGCUUGGCUGUAUUAAAAGGCGCGGUUCUGUUUGGAAACGACCCUCUGGUUGUAGUAUCAAGAAUUGCCAGGUGUUCCUAUGGCAUUCGCGUCUUCCGCGAUUUUGACCCAAAGAUACAUGCACAGGAAAAGAAAACAGUCAUUGGAGGAAAACUUAAAUGCAAGGAUAUCUUCGCAAAACAUGUUCAAAGAGGUGACGAGCUUACCGUUGGACAGGCACAGUUGCACCAACGGUACUCUAAAUUAGAAGCUGACCAGAUCUCGUUUGUCCUGGAUAUAUAUACAUCCACCAAUGCCGAUCCAAGAUUCGUUGAUGAUAAGGAUUGUACGUACCUUGGAUGCCUCGAGAUAGAAGUUCCCCCAGAGGACAGCAAAGAAAAUGGUAUCAAAGUUAACAUGACGUUUGGGGGAACAGAACUGGAGGUUGAAGCCAAAGAUGAAAAAUAUGGAAAAACGAAAAAAGCUACCUUUGAUUUUUUGGUAGACAACCUUAACCUACAGUCAAAUAUUGCAUUGUAA